CUCUGUGUUAAGUGGUAAAGUACUUCCUCCGGUGCUAGAAUAUUUUUACCAGCUGAAUCUGAUCUAUUAUCAGAGAAGAAGGACAUGAAUCCUGCCAAACUUAGAAGCCGAACGGAAAAUCGCUUUAAGGCUGAAGAAGAACAAGAAAUGGAUAAUUUAGGGAAAAAAGCAUGGGAUAAUCCAGCCUUUGAUGGUUCUCCAUCCCCACAGAUAAAAGCAAUCUACAAUCCCAAAACCAUCGUGGAGAAUCCCUAUGACAGUAUGGAUCAUUUGGGGGAUCCGCCGCCCUAUCAAGAGGAACAAAAAAAUAAAAGGUCAAAUUUAUGUGUAGAGUUCUUCGUCAACAUUGCCAGAGGCAUAAGAGGCCUUUGGGGAACAACAUUAACAGAGGAUACAGCCGAAAACAGAGAGCUUUACGUCAAGACAACACUGCGAGAGCUUAUGGUUUAUAUAGUCUUCUUAGUGGACAUCUGUCUCUUGACUUAUGGAAUGACAAGCUCCAAUACCUACUACUACACUAACGUCAUGUCCAAACUGUUCCUGGACACACCAGCAGACAACGGGGUUACGUUCAAAACUAUCAGCAGCAUGGCCGACUUUUGGUCGUAUUCACAGGGUCCGUUACUUGGGGGUCUUUAUUGGACCAAGUGGUACAACAACGCAUCUUUAGACAACAGCCCCAAUUCUUUUAUCUACUAUGAGAAUCUUUUGCUUGGGGUUCCACGUCUGCGUCAGCUAAAGGUAGAGAACAACUCGUGCGUUGUACAUAAAGACUUCCAAGAAGAUAUUACCGGAUGCUAUGAUGUAUACUCCAAAGACAAAGAGGACAAAAGCCCGUUUGGACUUUUUAACGGGACUGCUUGGAACUACUUCACGGAGGACGAACUCGGAGGAUCAUCUCACUGGGGAAAAAUAGCGACUUAUAGUGGAGGAGGAUAUUAUAUAGAUCUGGAACGUACCAAAAAUGACAGUUUAAGGGAGCUACAGAUAUUGAAAAGUAACCUCUGGUUGAAUAGAGGAACACGUGCGGUCUUUGUUGACUUCUCAGUUUAUAAUGCCAACAUCAACUUAUUCUGUGUUUUAAGGCUUGUAGUAGAAUUCCCUGCAACUGGUGGAGCAAUACCGUCCUGGCAGAUUCGCACCGUUAAGCUUAUUCGAUAUGUCUGCGGAUGGGACUAUUUCAUCAUCGCGUGUGAAAUUAUCUUCUGUGUGUUUAUCUUUUACUAUGUGGUGGAAGAGAUGCUGGAAUUAAGGAUUCAUAAAUUCAGAUAUUUUACCAGUAUUUGGAACAUACUCGACGUCGUGGUUAUACUGCUUUCUCUUGUAGCCAUUGCAUUUCACAUCUUUCGAACGUUAGAGGUGAACAGGCUGAUGGGAACACUGUUACAACUGCCUACCAUAUACGCAGAUUUUGAAUUCUUGGCUUUUUGGCAGACGCAAUACAACAACAUGAAUGCCGUGAAUCUCUUCUUCGCAUGGAUUAAGAUCUUCAAAUACAUUAGCUUCAAUAAGACAAUGACCCAGCUCUCUUCUACCCUUGCUCGUUGCGCAAAGGAUAUUUUGGGUUUUGCAAUCAUGUUCUUCAUUGUAUUUUUUGCCUAUGCACAACUAGGAUACCUUCUCUUUGGAACCCAAGUGGAAAACUUUAGCACCUUUGUAAAAUGCAUAUUUACUCAGUUCCGAAUUAUCCUUGGGGAUUUUGAUUAUGAUGCCAUUGACAAUGCCAAUAGGAUAUUAGGACCUAUUUAUUUUGUUACAUAUGUUUUCUUUGUCUUCUUUGUCUUAUUGAAUAUGUUUUUGGCCAUCAUCAACGAUACAUAUUCUGAAGUGAAAGAAGAGCUUUCAAACCAAAAGAAUGAGUUGCAGUUUUCUGAUAUAUUGAAACAGGGCUACAGGAAGACAUUAAUGAAACUGAAACUGAAGAAAGAGCGCAUAUCGGAUGUUCAGAAAGCUCUACAAAAUGGCACAAAGGAACUUGAAUUUGAAGAGUUUAAGAACAGUUUAAAAGAAAUGGGCCAUGAAGACCAUGAAAUCACUGCAGCCUUUUCCAGAUUUGACCAGGAUGGAAAUCGGAUUCUUGACGAAGAAGAACAAAAUAGAAUGAGAAAUAUUUUGGAGGAAAGACGGAUGGCUCUGAAUGCCGAAAUUGAGAAUCUGGGAAGGUCAUUCGGGAACAAGAGUUUAGAAGAUGGGGUGAAUUUAGCCAAAUUCAAGGAUAAGGUCUCUGCUAAAGCCAGUUGGGUCUCACAAGAAGAAUUUACAAUAUUUCUAAAGCGUCUUCAGCAACUGGAACUGUCCAUUGGAGGAAUCAUGAGAAAAAUUGAAUCUGUGGAACUGAAGUUAGAGACCAUGGAAACGAACAAAACAAAACAGACAAAUCUUGUGGAUAAUAGACAGAACAAUAUUGUAAAUGAAGAAAUUCUGCAUCGCAAUCUGGUUCCAAUCGUGAAACCAGAGAAAGAAGGCUGGGAGUCAGAGUACAAGCCAAGAAACGUUACAGACCCAUCUUUUAGGAACAGCAAUGCCCUCUACCCAAAUACAACUAGUGCAGACAAUUCAUUACAUUUCUCUCAGAACUAAAACGCUUACUGUCUUAACGUGUAUAAUUUACAACUCUCUCACCUUCAAAAUGCUUAAAGAAUGUCAUUUUAAGUAAAGUCACAAUGUAGUAGUUAAACUUAGGUACCAGCUAGUGAGAUCCCCAGAAAAAAAA